CAAAAAUAAAAAAAUACAGAUCUUUAUCCGAUUACGGGAGAAAGCUAAAAACUUUGUUAAAAGCUAUGGCGAAGAAGAUGGGAGUGACAAUGGAAGUAGGGAACGAUGGCGUUGCUGUGAUCACCAUUUCGAAUCCUCCUGUUAACUCUCUGGCCAGCCCAAUUAUUUCUGGGUUGAAGGAGAAGUUUCAAGAUGCGAAUCAUAGGAGUGAUGUUAAGGCCAUCGUCUUGACAGAGAACGGUGAAAGAUUCUCGGGUGGUUUCAACAUCAAUGUUUUCCAGCAAGUGCAUAAGACUGGUACACAAGCGGCAUUACUGGUAUUAACAAAGACGACGCAGUUCAUCUCUUCCAGUCCAUGCUUCGGUCUCGUCCCCUCCCUACCGUCAUUGACUUCAAUAAACUGUCAGCGCCGUCGCCAAGACAAAACAGCACAGCCUCGUGUUAUCCCUCUCCAAGCAGAUGGAAUUCAACGGUAUUGCCUUUGACCUCUACACUCUCAACAUAACGAUGAACUGCUUCUGCCGCCUCCGGAAACUCGGUUUAGCAUUUUCUGUUUUGAGCAAGAUCUUGAAACUCGGCUUCACCCCUAACACGAUCACGUUUUCAACUCCGGUAGAGUCUCGAAGGCAGAGUCUCCGAAGCCGUGGCUCUAGUUGAUCGUAUGGUGGAAACGAAAGUCAGACCAGAU